AUGGAGCUGGCUAGCAACUAUGACUGGGAAAACACCAAUGGACAUUUCGAGCAUGCAUUCAAGGAAAACAAGGAUCCAUCCUUAUUAGCGUUUAUGGCUUGGUCCAUCUGGAAUAGACAUAAUAAGGUCCGAUUCAACGAAGUGGUAUGUCCACUGCAACGCAUCGAUCAGCUAUCAAAGGAGCGAAGAGCUGAGUUUCAGAACCUCCACACAGUCAGUCCAAAGCAGAAACAUGAGAUGCACACGAAUUGGGAACUGCUAGACCUGGGAGUUUUCAAAGUAAACUAUGACGGUGCAAUAUUCACAGGAACAGGGAAAGCUGGACUCGGAGUGGUCAUCCGCAACUCAGAAGGAGCGGUAAUGGCUUCUUUGUUGCAACAAAUACCUCAACCAACUACUGUGGCAAAGGUGGAAGCUCUUGCAGCAGGACGAGUAGUAGAAUUUGCCUUGGAGAUUGGUAUUACCUCAGCUGUUUUUGAAGGGGACUCAGACGUAAUCUCAAAAGAUCUCAAUAAUCCAGAACAAUCACUAGCACUCCACAGUCACUUGAUUGAAGAUGUUAAAGUCUUAACUUCAUUUUUCAAUUGA